AGAAGUAAACAAAACCAGAUGACAGUGAGAUUUUGCAAGAUGCAAGCUUAUUCAGUCAGUUGUGUUCCAACAAGUGUAAAAAUCAUGUCUUAUAAUCUAAUUUAUCUGCUGACUCUGAAUACUAGUUAAAGAUUUGAGUUGUGAUAAUAUUUUUAUUAGCUUUUUAUUCAUUCUCUUAUAUUGUUUGAUGAAGCAAUCAUCUUUGAUAGCAUUUUUUUUCUUAUUCUUCUCGUUCUUCCUCUCUCCAUUCUUCUGUUGCAAUCACCAUUCCCUUAAUAGAUGAUGAUGGAAAAUGAUUGUGAUGUUAUUAUUAUCGGUGCUGGUAUUGCCGGUGUCUCAUGUGCCUAUCACUUGAUUGUAGACCUCAAUUACAAAGGAAAAGUGGUCCUGUUAGAGGCUCGUGAUCGGAUUGGAGGUAGGAUUGUUGGUGAUACGAUUGGUGGGGUAAACAUUGAGCUUGGAGCCAACUGGAUUCAUGGUAUAAUAAAUAAUCCCAUGUAUAACCUUGCUGCCAAGCACAACCUGAUCGAUCCGUUGGAUAUCAAUAAUGUUAGUAACAAAGAUGAGUACAGUCGGAUGGGUGCAUUAACAUCCAAUGGCGACCCAAUUCCGUAUAAGGUAAUUGUCUCUGUUUACAAGGUGUACUUCUCCAUGUUGAAGCAAUGUGAAAACUUUUAUGUGGCAAUUAAGAAGGGAAAUGUUUUUGAGGAUCAAUCAAAUGAUUCAGUUGGUCUCUGGAUGAAAGACAGGAUUGAAAAAUAUCUUUCUACUGUAAAUGAAAAUGAGCGCACUUUAACAGCAUCAAUUUUCAACAAUUUCCUUGCUCGAGAGACAUGCAUUUCUGGCUGCCAUUCAAUGGAUCAAGUGUCGCUACCCUAUUUUGGUGCCUAUGAGGAAUUGCCUGGAGGAAAUGUAAUUGUACCUGAUGGUUAUGUUCAAAUAAUAAAUUGUUUGCUGGAAGAUAUUCGUUUAAAAUUGCAACAGAAAUCGAGAAAUGAAAAUUUUCAAUUGAUAGUAAAUCAACCUGUAACAAAGAUUCGUUGGCCAGGCAUUGGUUCAACAUCUGACGAGUUUGCCAAAGUAAUCACCAGCUCAGAUACAGUUUAUCGGUGUCGCCAUGUUGUUACAACCAUUCCCUUAGGUGUUCUGAAAGCCUGUCACAAUCAAUUGUUUGACCCACCGUUGCCCCAGUACAAAAUUGAUUGCAUUGAACGAAUGGGAUUUGGAACUGUAGAUAAAAUUUUCCUUGAAUUCAAUGAAUCAUUAUGCCCUAAAUUUAUCGACAGUGCAUUAACUGAAAUUAUUAUCUGCUGGUUACCACAGGAUCUAGAAAACAUGAGUUGGGCUAGUAAAAUGUACUCGAUAUCUAAAAUUGGUGAUCGCUGUUUAAUGGUUUGGUUAUCUGGAGAGGAAGCACAAACCAUUGAAAAAAUGGACUUUUCAAAAUUAAAAAGUGACCUUAUCAAUGCUGUAAAGAAAAUUUUAAAGGCGCCAGACUUGCCUGAUCCUGUAAACAUAAUUCCAACUCGCUGGCAUCAGGAUCCCUUUUCACGAGGUUCAUAUUCCUUUAUUUCAGCUCAAUCGUGUGUAGGUGACAUUGAAAAAUUAGCACAACCGAUUUACUCAAAUCCAGCUCAGGAAAAGCCUAAUUUGUUAUUUGCAGGGGAAGCCUGUCAUACAUCUUACUUUUCAACAACACAUGGAGCAUUUUUAACUGGACGAAAAGCUGCCCUUUAUCUGGUUGAUUCAGACGAGAAUUCGAUCAAAGAAGUUGAUCCUUCGAAAAAGCUAUGCAAUUUAUAAUUAACUAGAUGUUGAGUUUUUCUCAAAAAAAAUCGAGACGCAUUCCAAUUGUUGUUUUAAAUGAAUAAUACAUUUGCUCUUUCAUCACGCACAUCAUUACUUGUAUUAUGACCUGGUAUUAUUGUUGAUGGAAUGAUUUACCGCUGCAAAACCUAGACUGACCACAGAUACUGUUUAAUGUUUUUUUACCUUAGUAUUUGUAGUAAUUUAAUUGAUUAAAUUUGAUCUAUGAAGAA